AUGACAGGUCCAGUCCAGGACUCUCACAGGCUGUCUGUGAAAACAUGGACAGAGGAGGAGAGUGACCGAGCUGACAGCACACUUAGCAGAGGACAGUCGAUAUGUGAUGACACUUCUUCAGAGUUACAGCAAAUGGCGGCCAUUGAUAGAAGAGAUGCCAGUUCCCAGAAUUCCUAUCGAGGGCGAGGAGCUCUGUCCAGGAUAGUCAGUAUGGUGAUGACCCUGAGAGAAUGGGCGCAGAAGAGUUUGGCUGAGGAGACGGAGCGGCCGGAUUCUUUCCUGGAGCGGUUCAGAGGUCCCGCCAACAUGGAUAUACAGGCCCCACCCAGCAGGUUCAGCCACAGCCGCACAGGCUCAGAUACAGAGCAUGAAAUCAGACGCCCCAGACGCACGAGAAAGAAGUGUAAUAUUGUGGUCUUAUCUCCGUCUGAUGAUGCGUAUUAUUACUGGCUGAUGGUGAUUGGUGCUGCAGUUUUUUAUAACUGGACUCUUCUGGUUGUCAGAGCGUGUUUCGAUGAACUCCAGAUGAGAAACGUGCUCAUGUGGCAGGUACUGGACUAUAUCUGUGAUGGAGUCUAUAUCCUGGAUAUUGCCGUUCGGCUGCACACAGGUUUCUUGGAUCAAGGCUUGAUGGUCAAAGAUGUGCGCCGUCUGAGAGAAACCUACAUUCGAACAUUACAGUGCCAGUUUGACAUCUGCUCUAUUCUUCCAACUGACCUCUUAUACCUGAUCCUUGGCAUCGGCUACACUCCGCUUCUUCGAUUCAACAGACUGCUGCGUCUGCCCCGUCUGUUUGAGUUCUUCGAGCGAACAGAAACACGAACGGGCUACCCCAACGCUUUCCGCAUCUGGAAACUGAUUCUGUACAUCUUGGUCAUAAUCCAUUGGAAUGCCUGUGGAUACUACAGCUUCUCCAAAAUCCUGGGACUGGGCUCUGACUCAUGGGUUUAUCCCAAUGCAUCUGACCCUGAGUUUGGCACCUUGUCUCGAAGUUACAUAUACUGCCUAUACUGGUCAACCAUGACACUGACAACUAUUGGAGAGACACCUCCACCUGUUAGAGAUGAAGAAUAUCUGUUCUUGAUAUUUGACUUUCUGGUUGGUGUUCUAAUAUUUGCCUCUAUUGUGGGUAAUGUUGGAUCCAUGAUUUCUAAUAUGAAUGCAACAAGAGCAGCCUUUCAAACACGUGUAGAUGGACUCAAACACUACAUGCACUUCAGACAUGUUAGCAAGGUGCUGGAGCAGCGAGUCAUUCGCUGGUUUGACUAUCUCUGGACCAAUCAGAAGACAAUCGAUGAACAGGAAGUGCUGAAGAGUCUACCUAGCAAGCUGAGAGCAGAAAUAGCUAUUAAUGUUCAUCUGGACACACUUAAGAAGGUGCGUAUUUUCCAGGACUGUGAGGCAGGCCUCCUUGUGGAAUUAGUGUUAAAACUUCGACUGCAAGUUUUCAGUCCUGGAGACUACAUCUGUAGGAAGGGAGAUGUGGGUAAAGAGAUGUACAUAAUUAAAGAGGGUCGCCUGGCGGUGGUGGGGGAGGAUGGAGGCACACAGUUGGCUGUUCUGACUGCAGGAAGUUGCUUUGGAGAAAUCAGCAUCCUGAACAUCAGCGGCAGCAAGAUGGGGAAUAGACGCACGGCUAAUAUUAGGAGUCUGGGAUACUCUGACCUGUUCUGCCUUUCCAAGCAAGACCUAAUGGAGGCGCUUCAGGAGUUCCCCCACGCCAGGGCACAGUUGGAGCAGAGGGGGCGGGACAUCCUCAUAAAGGAGGGACUUCUGGAGGAAGUGAAUGUGUCUGCAGGGGAGGAGUUGGAGAAGAAAGUGGAGAGGUUGGAAACCAGUCUGGAUCGGAUGCAAACAUGUUUGGCCCGUCUGCAGAGUGAAUUCAACUCAUCCCAGCUUCGACUGAAACAGCGAAUCACAGCCCUGGAAAGCAACAUCACCACAGUAGCGACUGGCAGCGGCUUCCUGUCAGAUGCUGAUGGCAAUGAGAGCAUUUCUGGCGGUGAUGGUGUGCGAAGUGAAAUUACCUUCCGAUUCUGAUAGAGACAGUCGAUUUUCAAAAAUAUCCUAAAGUAGUUUUCCUGAAGUAUUUAAG